UGUGUUGCUGAUUGUUGCUAGGUUCUCGACGCACUGCCUACUUGUGCCGCUGAGUUACGUUGAGUGACAGCAGUUUUAUGCAGCCAGUGGAGCUUCUUGUAACGGGUACUCGGUGACAACGGGGUUUCCUAUGAAAUAAGUCAGUCACGACGAGGUUCCGCAAUGACAUGGACUGCAUCACCCCAAGAGGAAGGCGCAGCCCCCAGGAGAAAGACGAGGGCUGUUCCGGAAACCGAACUGGAAAGGAGGUGGCUGCUCAGAUCGAAGAAAAAUAUGACGAUUAUUUAAUAGAACUCCAGCACCGGAACAGGAUUUUGAAAAAGUUGAAAACCAAGAACCCGAAACAAAUUGAGCUUGAGCGCCUGGAGCAGGGUUUUUCCGUGUAUGUCAACGGUGCUAAUUCCGAUGUUAAGAGGCAGCUGCCAAAACUCAACACCCUGCUCACCGACAGGACCCCACUUCGGAGUGUGCUGACUGCAGAUCCUUCAAAGAAAUUCACUUUCUACUCAUGGGAGACGCAGAGUUUGGAGGAUUCUGAGAACCGGAGGACACAAACGGCUCCAGGGAAGGUCCAGCGCAGAGGAUGGGUCCAGAAUUCUUUUCACAUUAAGACGGAGGAGGGCACUCGGAUCCGAAUUGGGCCUCCAGGAGACUAUUCCGAGGAUUUCGAGACCAGUGACAGUAUUAUCAUGGAGAAAUCAAGUCUGGAUGUCACCAGUAGAGAGAAUCAGGAGGCCCCAAGGGCUUCUACAGCCAAGGCUGAAAAAAGGUCAAAGAGUGACACAGAGCGCAAUGAGAAAGUGCUGCUGAAUAUUAAUGACGUGAAGGUGCUCAGAAGGAGUCUGGAGGUCAGUGUCAACUUGUGUCGGAGUGGCAGAGAUUCUGCAGGUGAAGAUUCGGACAGUGCAGACGAAGACUCCGUGGAGGAGGAGCUUGAAGGGGAUGAAGAAGUAGACAAAAAAGUGGAGGAGCUACGGAGGAGGAGCCCACCAGCCAAUCGGGCCAGCCCUUGGAAAGCACGCAACCAGCAGUUUGCUCUGGAGCCGGGGGACAUCAUCGUUCUGGACUUUGCAGCCUCCCAUAAAAGUGCGAAACAGGAGAGAGUUCUUUCUGCAAAACGAAAAGAUAAUUCAGAGGCCUACAUUCCCACUAAACCCCUGAUGGCCAAGAUCAAGCCACUGGAUAGGCCUCCCUCUUCAUCUUCCUCUUCUGGGGAUACUUCCCGUGCUGCAGGUCGCAGGGAAAGACCCCUAUCUGCUACCAAGAGAAUGACUUUUGAGCAGGAUGCGGAAGACUCUGCUUUGGCUGUCAUUGAGGCCGUGCAGAAAGAGAAUGAGCUGUUGCUGCGAGAGAAGACCAGCCAGCGAAAACUGCUUGCUUCCGCGUCUGCCCCAAUGAUCAACUUUGCAAAGACCUGCCCCCCUGAUGCCUUGGGAGGAAGUGAAGUCACCAAAGCCAUGGAGAGGAUAAGCCUUCUGGAACCAAGUCAACAGAAGAAACUUUUGAAAGUCCUGGAAAAAAUAGAAGUUAACUCCAUGCUGGAUGGCAUGCAGCAAAAGACAAGUGAUGUGGACGUGGAGAGAGCUCAGGAUGAAGCAGCCACCGAGGUGACAGGCGCCCUGUACGUGACCAUGGAAAUCCUGUCCAAUUGGGGGAGCCCCACCACCGUUGGGCUUACAGAAGUCCAGUUCUUCGGCUUGAACCAACAGAAGCUCUUUGUUUCUCCUCAUGACAUCGAUGUCAGAAACACUGAUCACCCAGGGGAACUCGGAGUGCUGGUGAAUGGGAAGACUAAGACUACCAAGGAACGCCACAUGUGGACGUGUCCCUUCAACCCUCCUGUCCAACUCUACUUCAUCAUCCGUAAUCCUGAGCGUUCCCAAAACUUUGGCAUCUCGAAAAUAAAAAUUUGGAACUACAACAAGAACCUGUCUGACCUGGAUAUCGGAGUCAGUGAUGUGAAAAUAUACCUUGACAGCACCUUGGUGUAUCAGGGUCAGCUAGAGAAAGGCUGUGGCAACCAAGUGUUUGACUAUAGCACCACCAUAAAGCUGAGGGCCCCGGACACUUCCACUCCAAAUCCAUCCUUUGACCCCAUCAGUCACCGAGUGUGUCCCGACAGUGGCAUCAGAGAGGGCCCAAAUCUACAAGACUCCGUCCAGGAAUGUGUGAAGUUUAGCUGUGAUACGGCUGAAGGAGCCACAGAGGAAGAGAUGUUGAGUCCACUCCAAGACCAUGCCCAGUCUCCCGAAGACCUGCCUCUCCCUGCUGUGCCUCCUGCUAAGUCGGACCAUCCCGUGCAGAAGGACUCCGGGGAAGCCACAGACUCUGAAGAGGACCUCACCAUGCAGCAGCAGCUGGAGAAGCUGACCGGCAGGAAGAUCGAGGAGCCGCCAUCCAGGACACCCUCGUGGUUACAGCCUCUGAACAGGGCAAGCCAGGAAGGGCCCGACACCAACAGACAAAAGCCUCCCUGGCUGUCCGACGACCAACAAGGAAGCCUAAAGCCGACGUCCAGUUUUCACCUGCCAGAACUGGCCAGCACCUCGGCAAGAAACAGGAAAAGUGUUCCUUCCAAAGUAAAGAAGUCUUCAAGUGGAGAUACCAGCCUUUCGACUGUCGAGUGUGAGUCUGAUUCGUUGGACUUGGGCUUGUUUGGCGGGGACCUUGACAAGGGCCGCUACACGCCAUCUUUGUUGGAGGAUCUCGGGCCAAAGCCCGAUUUUCCCCUCAGUGGCAGGAGGAGUGCAAUGAGAAAUGUACCACUGCUGGAAGCUGUGGGAAGCAAUGGCGUGGCAGGCCUACCUAAAAUCGAUGACCAGAACCCUAGUGGCAACAAACCACAGCGGCCACCCCGAGCCCGAUGGCGAAGUGAGCAGGAGGAUUCACUGCUUGAAUCCUGGAAUUCACUGCUCAAGUUCAACCGCUCCCAGCGAGGCCGCAUCUCCAACAUGGAUUUUGAGGGGGACAUCUUUGAUGAGUUCUUGCAGCAACAGCGCAUCGGGAAGACUAAACAUACCGGGCUGACCCAUGUGCCCAAACCCCCACGGCAGGACGUGGUGCCAGAAGAGCAGGAGGAAGACAUCCAUGGUGAGGCAGACCGGGAUGAUGACUUUGAGAUCCCCAUCCUUCCUCAGGGCCAGCACUUGACCAUUAGCAUCACAUCCACCUGGGGCGAUCGACAUUACGUAGGACUCAACGGGAUCGAGAUUUUCAGCUCCACAGGAGAGCCCGUCAGGGUGGCCGGAAUCAAAGCUGACCCGCCCGAUAUUAAUAUCCUUCCUGCCUAUGGCAAAGAUCCCAGGGUGAUCAACAAUCUGAUUGAUGGGGUUAAUCGCACGCAGGACGAUAUGCACCUCUGGCUGGCCCCCUUCACACCAGGAAGACUGCACGUCAUCUCCGUCGACUUUGAGAGCCCCUGCCAGGUGGCCAUGAUUCGGAUCUGGAACUACAACAAGUCCCGCAUCCACUCCUUCCGAGGCGUCAAAGACAUCCAGAUGUUGUUAGAUGGCAAAUGUAUCUUCAAGGGAGAAAUUGCCAAGGCCUCGGGGACCCUCUCUGGAGCACUAGAGCAGUUUGGGGACACCAUUCUCUUCACCACCGACGACGACAUCCUGGAAGCCAUGUCCCGACAUGACGAUACUUUUGACGGAGAUACCGAGGGCACCCAGGGGCUGGUGACCGAGGAAGAGCUGAACCGGCCCAGGACGGCUGAUGGCGAAGGAGAGGAGAGGCCGUUCACUCAGGCCGGCUUUAGGGCCGAACAGCAGCCGCAGAAGGAGUCACCAGCUGUCCCAGUGAAUAUUCCAGACUCUUCCGAGCAAGCAUCGGGACUUUACACCGGACAGUGCCUUACACUAGGCAUGACGCUGACCUGGGGCGACGCUCAUUACAUGGGCCUCACCAGCUUGGAGGUUGUUGACCGACAUGGACAAGCCUUCCCUCUCACCAUAGACAUGAUCGAAGCUUCCCCAAAGGACCUCAAUGAGCUCCCAGAAUAUGGCCAGGACUCAAGGACCUUAGACAAGCUCAUUGACGGCACCAACGUCACAACAGACGACGAACACAUGUGGCUGAUCCCCUUCACGGAAGGCCAGAGUCACGUCCUGUCCAUCAACUUCCAGCGUCCUGAGACGAUAGCAGGGCUCCGCUUCUGGAAUUACAACAAGUCUCCGGAGGACACUUACAGAGGCGUGAAGAUCGUCCACGUGUCUCUCGAUGGAGUUGGCAUCUCACCCCCAGAAGGAUUUCUAAUCCGGAAAGGACCUGGCAACUGCCACUUUGACUUUGCCCAAGAGAUCCUCUUCAUCGAUUUUCUGCAGUCUGCGGGCAAUCGGCCCAAAAAGCAGAAGCUCAGCAACCGCUUCUCCAAGGACAUUGAGCAAAGCAGCAUGGACUAUGAAGCCCCCCUGAUGCCAUGUGGAUUCAUCUUUCAGCUGCAGCUGCUCACAAGCUGGGGUGACCCCUACUACAUCGGGCUCAACGGGCUGGAGUUCUACGACGAACACGACCAGAAGAUCACCCUCACUGAAAACAACAUUGCCGCCUUUCCAGACAGCGUGAACGUUUUGGACAGCGUGACGGGAGACGUAAGGACCCCCGAUAAGCUGAUAGACGGCGUGAACAACACUCAUGACGGGAGGCACAUGUGGCUGGCACCCCUGCUGCCCGGCCUGGUCAACCGAGUUUACAUCAUUUUUGACCAGCCAGUCACCGUCUCCAUGAUUAAGCUGUGGAACUACUCGAAAACUCCGCAGAGGGGCGUCAAAGAGUUUGGGCUGCUAGUCGAUGACCUGCUGGUGUACAACGGGAUUUUGGAUGCAGUGAAUCACAUGGCGCGGGGUAUUCUGCCCACCUGCGAUCCCGUCGUUCCGUACCACACCAUCUUGUUUACGGAUAACGAGAAGAUCCUACUCCGAGAGAAAAGCACGGUGAUAAGUAACUACGUCGAGGAUCAGGACAUAAAGAUGACCAACGAAAACCAAAUUGUUAAUAACGGCAAAAGGCGACAGAGUGCUGAUCCAGCUUUAAGGCCAAAGACCUGCAUGACGGAAAGAGGGCAACCAAGCAAAAGACGGUAACAAGAGGAGGGUCUGCCCAAGCGGCUUGAAUGCUGUGGCGUCUCGUACUGCGCAAGAAACCCUGGACCCUACAGAGGAGACGCCUUUACUUCCGAGUGUCUGGCCCCUUUGCAGAGGGGUGGGCAUAACGGGUAUAAAGCAAGCUGGACUAGCAUGUGCCCCACUCUAGACGUUCGGGGAGAGACAGGGGGGGGGGGGUCCUAACCAUGUUCAUGAAGGGCAGCACCUUAUCACGGAGAGGUAAUUCUGUUGUUUUUUCCUUUAGUUUGAUCCCUUUUGAUGGCAGCGACAUCAUGAACAUUCAUCACCCCGCCAGGUCGGAUUUAAAUAAUUAUUUGUAACGGAGGAACUCCAAAUGCUAACUUGUCACAUUAAAGAAUGACUCCAUUCCUUAUUUUUUUAUUUGGAGCUCAGCAUUACAACGUAAGGUUUGUGUUUAGGCAGCAAAGCAGGUUGCCAUUUACUGUUUUUUCUAAACUAUAGAAAGGAACGAAACCAAACAAACCCCCCAAACCUCUGCAAGCUGGAAUUCUUCUUAAAACAGUUCAGGACUUCCAUUCCAAGUAAAAAAAAAACUGAAUUUGUUCCAGUGGGCCUGCCAGGACAGGAGCAACGCAACCCUGUUAUACUCAUGUAGAGCAAGUCCUUCACAGAAUGGAGGGGGGGUGACAUCCCAGCAGCCUCCCGCUUUUACUGCCUGCCUUUAGGUUUCAAACCCACAAUUAUGUUUGCAUUGUAGGUGAUGGUGAUGGUGAUGGUGGUGGGGUUGGGGGUUUAAAUAACAAAAUAUACUUGGCUGACAUUUCCUCAACAUGAGCCACACCAAUCAUUCAAAACUGUCAAUUUCAAGUUUACGUUCAGAGAAAGGAACAUUUGGCAUUCAUUCCGAGGUUGUACAUAACUCGCAUGUAUAAAGUGUAUACCGCUAACUUUGGACAUUUAUAUUUUAUCAAGCCUUUUUAAUAAAAUAUUUCCAAAUA